AUGGAAAGUGUUCCUAUUGGCACUAAUAGCGGUCAUGAUACACAGGGCGAGGACUUCUCAUUCGCGAAGGGAGAUCUAUAUGAGAGCAAGGAGAAAUUGAUCUAUGCGCUUCGCUCGUACGCCAUUGCAAAAAAUGUCAAGUUUAGGCCAACAAAAAAUAAUACUACAAGCUAUAAUGCGGUUUGUUUCUAUCGCAAAGAUGGCGAUGAUGAAGAUAUUGGUGGACACCACGACGGCAAUGCGAAAUGUCCGUGGAAGCUUAAUUCACGCUCCGGUGUAAGAGUAGGCGGGCAAUUCAAAAUCACGGCAUACAACGGACUCCACACUUGUAGCAAUCCUCGAUUAGAGAUGAAUAACAAGAAUGCAUCCUCUUCCUUCAUAUAUCGAUUGAUUUUACCGCAUCUGAGGGAGGAUUUUGAUCUAAGGCCGAAAGAUAUUCGUCUUCUAGUGCAAAAAGCCACCAACUUGGAUGUAUCAUAUCACAAGUGUUGGAAUGCUAGGAGGAAGGCGAUGAUAAAAAUAUUCGGUGAUUGGGAUAAAUCAUAUGAGAUCUUACCUCAUUAUCUUGAAGCACUCAAAAGAGAAAAUCCAGGAACUGUCUACGAAGUAUCUUCGGACCCCGUUGAUGGCGGAGAUCGGCGAUUCACCGGUGUAUUUUGGGCAUUUGGGCCAUGUAUUGAGGGUUUUCGACAUUGUCGUCCUCUUCUUAGCAUUGAUGGCACCCACUUAUACGGCAAGUACAAAGGAGUUUUGCUUGUUGCCACCGGAGUUGAUGCGGAUGGCGGUUUGUUUCCUUUGGCGUUUGCAGUGGUUGAUAUUGAAAACACAGAGAAUUGGGCGUGGUUUUUUGCAUGCAUUAGAUAUCAUAUCCCUAGUGUGGGUGCGCGGCCGAUUACAUUCAUAUCUGAUAGGAUGAAAGGAAUUCCAAGAGCACUCCAACGUCAUUUCCCAGAGCCACAUGCACAUCGUUAUUGCUUGCGACAUAUUAGGGACAACUUCAAGAAGAAAUUUGGAAACGGUCAGGUUCAAGAUCUUCUUUGGCAAGCCGGCUGUGCAACAGAAAAAUUAGUUUAUGACCAAAUACGAGAGAGGAUUAAGUUUAUCUCCCGAGCUGCACAUGAUUGGAUCGAAACUAGUUUGGGACCACACAAUGUUGAUAAGUGGGCUUUAUGUGAAGAUGGCGGGAGACGGUUCUGUAUGAUGACUACGAACGCUUCAGAGAGUUUCAAUGGCGUGCUCAGGGGAGCACGCGGUAUGCCAAUACAGUCACUAGUUGCUAAAACAUUCUACAGACUUAAUAACUUCUUUCUACGACGUCGUGAACUUGGUGAAAAUAUUCGCUCGGAGCUCACACCGAAAAUGAUGAAAUGUUAG